AACCAAUCAGAGGCAGUAACGGGAUCGAAGUGAUACACCACAGCGCUGUUUGACGGAAGGAUAUGCUUGGGUGUGAUGCGGGACUAUAAAUAAUCAUGUGACCUCGCUCGACCAUUGUUUCUCUGUGACAUUCAACAUUAUUUUGUAGCAUUCCGAGCGCUCAGUUCUCCCUCGCAAAAUGGCAGUUUAACGUGCAGCGGCUUAUCCAGCAGCGGCAACAACCCGGCAGUGCAACGGUCAAGCACUGGCUUUUUUACGCAAAAUGGCUUCUCUCAAACCAACCACCCUCAGCUCUGCUGUUGUCUACCACAGCACGAUAUCACCGUUCCCCCUAACGACGACAACAUCCGAAGACUCUCUGUUAUCCCGUUAUAGUACCCUGUUACUGUUGACAACCACCAGAAGAAGCAGUCAUGUCCCUGUUGACUUCCCAACUGGUCUUGGAGGACGUUGGGGCCCUGUUACUGGACAACUGGUUUCUGACGGCUGACCCCAUGGGGCCCCAUCUGGACCAUGAUGAAGAGGAUGAUCUACCCCCCUCUCUCUCCAACUCUUUUGCCUCCUUCUCUCCCUCUUUGUCUCCUUCCCCCUCCCAUCUCUCGUCCUCUGACUCCCUCCCUCCAUCCCCUCGUCCCUCGUUCCUGGGGAGCAGCAAGGCCGGGGUAGAUGACCACCUGAUGCCGUUGACUCCGUGGCUGGGCUCUAGCGAGCUGCUCCAUUCCCACAUGGGAACAAACGUCUGCAGAGAUGAUGCGUUUUUGGGCAUGGACUGGAUGGCUGAGAAGAUAGACCUGAGUGACUUCGACCUGGACUCUCUGAUUGGCUCCUGUUGUUCCGACGCCCCGGCCAGUUCCCCCGAGGAGCUCCUGGCCUCCCUGGAGACCCAGAUGGACCUAGACCUGGUGGACCCCUUCACCGCCCCAAUCCCUGCCCCACACGAGGUGCUCUCCCUGGGUAUCCCUCUGGCUGACCUCCCCUCCCUGGAGCUCCCUGAAGAAGAGGUAAGGGAUGAGGUCAGAGGUCCUGUGGUGACGGUUCAGGAUCAAGAGGUCGUGGUGAAGUCUGAGCCACAGUCUCCAGCACCCCUCUCCAUGGGGUAUACCCUUGAGCUGGGGAGCGAAGUGGACGUUGAUGUCUUGGAAGUCAAGACCACCCACACUCCAACUACCAUCAUCUCUGAGCCCAGCGACAGCCUCCAGACCACCGCCCCUAUCGUCCUCUCCCUCCUGCCCUCAGGCCACUUCGUGGUGGUCCUCUCCCCUAAAGAGGAGCCAACCCUCUCAGCCUCCAGUAGCUGUGAUGACCAGUCUGAUGACAGCGACUCCGGCAUCGACUCUGUAUCCGGCUCCCCUCCUCACCACCCAUCUUCCUCUCCUUCUCCCUCCAUAGCUGGGUCCUCCAGGACCAAACCCUACUCCAAACCUGAACCUGAGACUACAUCCCCCACAACCCUCAGCGGCAAGGUCAAAUCAGUAUCAGGGGCGCCCAAGGUCGUGGAGAAGAAGCUCAAGAAGAUGGAGCAGAACAAGACGGCAGCGACACGUUACCGACAGAAGAAGAAGAGCGAACAGGAAGUGCUGAGCGAGGAGUGUUCCGAGCUAGAGCAGAGGAACCGUGAGCUGGCAGAGAAGGCUGACGGCAUCAGCAGAGAGAUCCAGUACCUCAGAGAUCUGAUGGAGGAGGUCCGCUCAGCAAAGAACAGGAAGAAGACCACUGUUAGUGUGGCGUAGUCAGCGGAAAUGAUGGAUAGAAGGAAGGCAAGAAAGGGAAUGCAUGGAAUGAGAUCCAGUACCUUGUGGAGGAGGGGCUACAUCCUGGUUAUCCACCCUUCUACCAAAGUGUACUUUUGCAUACUUGCUGUCUAUGAUGGGAAGUGUGCAUUUGCAUACUUUGGGAGAAGGGUAGAGAAUGGAGAAGGCAGUCAGGUAAUGGCUAGAAAGAUGAUAGAAAAGUUGAUGAGAUUAUUAUCAGGGGGAGAAGAUGUGGGACUGAUUUUAGUCAGGCAGAGCAUCAGUUCUGUAUGAACUCUAUCAUCGUGUUACACUGGUAUACAUACACACCAUUAAACACACACAAGUGUUGUACGGUAAUUGUGUUGACUAGGCCGUGGUUACUGCGUAGGUAGGAAAAUGUAGAAUUACGACGAAGACCAAUUAGUACGGCCACACUCUUACCAAGAUCCAACCCACAACCUUCCCCCCAAAAUACUCCAGUUUCAAAGACCAGUUACAAUCCCCCCCUCCCCCAACUGUCACCCUACUGUUACUCUUACCCUACUCACCCUUUACUCUUACCCCCUCCCCCUCUUGUCACCCCACUACUCUUUGACUUCCUCUAUGCAGCUUUAGUCCAGAAAGGGGCCUCGCCCUGUGGCAGAUUUUUUAAUGUUACACUGAAUUCCCUCUGUCACAAUGUUAUGUUUGGUAUGUAUAUAUCUUCACCUGAAACCUGAACUCUACUCUGGCUUCAUCAGGGUUUUAUUUAACGCUGGAUAGUAGAAAACCAUCCAUCUACUAGACUGUCCUAGACCUAGUUGGCAACUCUAGUGUAGCUUUUAGCUACAUGUUUGUUUGGCUUGUAUAAAUGCUUUGCUAUUGUUUACUAUUAAAGCUCCUUAUUGAAUCUCAA